AUUUCCUGUGCAUGGGAAUUCCUGAGAUUUGUAUAAAAGGUUGAAUGUUUACAAGUUCAAAUAGUCUAAUAUCAAGUCAUGAUUAUAAGCAUGGCCACUAAGCAGCUACUACUCUACCUGCUAUGUGCCCUUGCUUUUACUGCAGUAGUACAAGCUACAGAAGUGAGAGAGUCAAGGCCAAUUGCAUUAGUGAAACCGACAAGUAGCAUAGUCUAUACUGAUCGAGCUAACAAUACAAACGAUACUUGUGGGACAAACACAAACUGUCCUAUCUGGGCAGAAUGUAAUACAGGAGAUUGUGUGUGCAGUGAGAAUCUACCAGAAUCAUUAAAAUGUGCUGAGCAUACACUACAAUUAUCAGUGAGGAUGUGUCACUGUGUGACUUUGGAUGACGUUUCUGGAGACAUUAUCGAAGGGAAAUGCUUCGUGAACUGUUUCAAUGACAACUACAGAGAUCAUUAUUAUCUACAGCUUCCACAAAAUACGUCCAGACUGAAUUACUUCAUGUGUGAGAAGUGGUGGAACAGAACAGGACCAUUGUGUGGAGAGUGCUUACCCGGACACAGACCUUUGGCUUACUCUUACAAUAUGGCGUGUGUGAAAUGCCCUGAGGGAAACAAUAACAUCUGGAAGUACAUUUUAGCAGCUUACGGUCCACUGACAGUGUUUUAUUUCAUUGUUUUAUUCUUGAAAGUAAAUGGUACUUCUUCUCAUCUUCAUGGAUACCUAAUCUUUGCUCAACUAUUUGCAUCACCUGCUUUUACUAGAACACUUGACCUCGCAAUCCACGAGCGAUACGAUAAGGGUAGUAGUGGCAUUGUAUUUCCAAUCCUCACAACUGCGUAUGGAAUAUGGAACUUAGAUUUCUUCAGAUGGUUAUAUUCCGACCUUUGUCUUGAUGUGUCUACACUUACAGUUUUAGCUCUGGACUAUGCAGUGGCUAUCUACCCACUUUUGUUGACUGUUGUCUCUUACAUACUGAUUGAACUACAUAGUAAAAAUGUUAGGAUAGUGGUUAUCUUGUGGACCCCAUUUCGAUGGUUGCUAACACGUUUUCGUAGAAAGUGGGAAAGUAGGACCACAGUGAUCGAUGCAUUUGCAACGUUCUUUCUACUCUCAUUUGUCAAAAUUGCAUGGACUUCGUUUGAUAUCAUUACCCCAGUUCAGGCUACCAGUGUGGGAACAAAUGAAACAGAGUGGGUUUACUAUUUAAAUGCAACUGUUGUAUUCUUCGGAACUGAUCACUUACCGUAUGCCAUCGUAGCAAUUGUCUUCUGUUUUGUACUCAUUAUUACUUCAAUGCUGUUUCUACUGUUCUAUCAAGCUAAAUCCACACAGAGGACACUGAACUGCUUGAGACUUCAUCACCAGUUAAUAAAAGCUGUUAUGGACUCAUUCCAGGGCUACUACAAGAACGGAACAGAAAGAACGAAAGAUUAUCGAUGGUUUGCAGCCGUACCUUUGAUUGGACAAUUCGCAAUACUUGUUUUUUACUCGAUGGCUCUCGAUACCAGCAUGUUACUACCUGAAACAGUUGUCGCCGUCUUCAUCAUGUUGCUAACGGUAAUUGUGCAGCCCUAUAAAAAUCAGUUUGCACAUUAUACAAAAAUAGAUGUUACAUUUUGGGCUAUCAUUGCUCUCUGCUCUACUGGAGCCCGGGGAAUAUUCUAUACAUCACAUUUAGAGACUGAAAUUAUGAGUGGUAUCCUCAUCGUGGUGUAUUUUUCUCCAAUAAUCUACAUAUCCUGUGUCUCUAGCUACUGGAUUCUCUCUAAAUUGAAACUGAAACAAAAGAUCUUUCGGAUUAGAAACUGGAGAAGAAACCAACACAUUGAGAGUGAACUUGAAGCAGUUUUUCCCGAUCGAGUUGUUAACCCAGAGAACUACCAAGAAGUGAGCUUAAGAGAUUUCAAUGUUUCAGAUGACGUCCAACAAACACAAGAUUGUGAUACGUACUGAGUUAAGUGCAUGUUGCUGUAAACAUUUCACUCAAUAACAUAUGGUUAGGAAUGAUAUACAUACGUACCUUACGGUAUGCAUUGACAUACACUUAUUUCCAUUUAGCUGUUUCAGUAUAUAGAUUUCUAUGAAGAUUUUUCAGUGUGCAUGCAUACCCUUUAUCAGUUUCCCUAUCUUUUUCAGUAUGCAUUUACUUACCCCUUAAGUGUGACAAAAUGAUUAACGUUUGGCCGCAAAACAUUGUCAACCGAACCUUUGAACAUCGCCAGCUGAGCAGGGAGUUUUAGCAAACGAGUAUGGCUAUUGAGCUUCAGGUAGAAAUUCUGAG